AUGCCGGAAGCAAGGGAUAGACUAUCGAGGCCAAACAACGAAGUUGCAGAGAUGCACAGUCUUCGUAGGACGCCAGUCGGUAUAUUAGGAAUCCUUGUGGAUGACGAUGAUAGCGACAGGAGUAUUAGCCGGACUCCUUUCAGGUGGGGGGCGACGCCGUUAACAGGUGGUGGUUCAGGGCAACCGAUAGGCGAGCCUCAUUCUACUAGAACUACUAUGGGUGCUACAACUAGAGGAGGAGGUGGUGGUGGAAGGGGUCUUUUCGGAACUCCCAGGACUGUUUAUCGGCGUGGCAGCCGUAGCCAAAAUACGCCGCCGUCUGGUAGUAGUUUCCGGCGAGGCAGAGGAGGACGUUCCGGGCAGCAAAGUGUGUUACCUUAUUGGUAUCCUCGUACUUCUCUCGGUGACAUAACUCAUGUCGUCCAGGCCAUUGAGAGAAGAAGAUUGCGUUUGGGAGAUGGUGAAGGCCGAUUUUUUGGGAGCCCAACCCCUAUUAGGAUUCAUCAUCAGCCUGCUGCUCAUGAUCUUUCUCCAUCAGAUGCUCAACUCGAGCAUGAGGUUUCUUUAGUGACUCCAAAGCCAAAAUUAGCAUCUAAAACUUGUAAACCAUCAACAUUGGGGAAGGUUCCAAAGAUAUUAGCAGACAUCGCUAAUCAGGGUGUCGGAGAAUCAGAGUUCUUGACACCCCAGAAGAAGCUGCUUAACUCCCUUGACAUUGUUGAGAAAGUGGUGAUGGAGGAAUUGCACAGAUUGAAGAGAACCCCAUCUGCCAAAAAAGCCGAGAGGGAGAAAAGAGUCAGAACUCUGAUGUCAAUGCGCUGAUUGACUGAAUCUUUCUUAGAUUUGGUGUCUACUUAAAGAAGGCUCUACUCUUGUUGAGCAAAUUAGAAUCACAGAGGUAUGUUUGAUCAAUCAUCUACUGAUGAUUGGGAGAUUUGCAGACAGAGGUGUGCUUGAUUGAUCAUCUACUGAUGAUUGGGAUGGGCUCCAAGUAUGCUAAUUGUUCACCUUUUUUCUUGAAAGGUCAGUUUGUUUAGUUACGAACCUGAGGACAAAUGAUGACUGAUAUUUUCUUGUAUCCAUCGGCUUUUAGACUGUAAUCUGGUUUGUUGAAACUAUUGAUUUGAGUAAUGGUAUAGUCGUUUUAGACAGAAAGCUACAAGCAGAUGGGUUAAC